CCGGCCCGCGCCCGGCCGAGCCGCCGGCCCAUGGCCACGGUGCGGGGCUCGCCCGGGCUGCUGGCCCUGCUGCUGCCGCUGCUGCUGGCUGGGGGCUCCCGCCCGGGCAGCGCCGACCGCUGCAGCUGGAGGGGCAGGUGGGUGCGCACGGCCGGGCCCGGGGGCUGCGGGAACCGGGAACCGGAACCGGGGAUCGCGGGGAGGGGGCGGCCGCGUCCCGCGGCGCAAAGUGCUGUGCCCCGUGCUGCUGGGUUUACUUCAGUCACCGGCAAGGAAAUGGGCCACGAAUGUUCUCAGUAUUCUUAAAUAUUACAUCCUUUCCCACUGUCUUUUGUUGCCUUUUUACUUUUCUUUUAACUAAUUAUGCUGGCACGGAUUUGACUUUCAUAAGUGACCUCAGCAAAAGCAACUGUUCUGAAAGCAGUGGAGUUGCAGAGGCUUGAGCGAGAGCUCGGGAGCAGGGCCAGCACCACCCUUUUAAUCAAAAACAUUUUCUUGAUGAGUUUAUAUUGGAAGUAUUAAAAAUAAUUUUAGAAAGUAGAUCUUUAAACCAAAUUUUUCAGGCAUAACAUUGCUCCUGCUGUGAGUCAGUGGCUCUCACCCCCGUCCGCACCCUCGCAGGUGGGAUUUUCUGGACAGCUAAGCAGUGGUCAGUCGUACCACAAGGAAAAGUUUUGAGCUGUUUAGCAGUGAGAAGUCGCCCUCUGACAUUUCUCUGGGUGCUGCAGACAUUCAAGCAUGCAUUUGGUGAAAGGGCUCCUUCCCGUGCACCCAAGCAUUCCCUGUCCUCUGUGGCUCCUGCGUGGUGCUGCAGUUCAGAUUCGAGGGGUGGGAGGGAAGGAACCCAGUCCAGCCGGAGGAAGCCAAUUUAAGGGUCAUUAGGAGAGUUAGGAAUAAGAUCUGUAUGUCCCGAUGGUGCGUGGUGCAGUGGCUCUUCUCCUUCUCUUCUCCUUCUCUUCUCUUCUCUUCUCUUCUCUUCUCUUCUCUUCUCUUCUCUUCUCUUCUCUUCUCUUCUCUUCUCUUCUCUUCUCUUCUCUUCUCUAUCCUUCUCUUCUCCAUCCUUCUCUUCCUCUUCUCUUCUCCCCCAUUACUGACAGGCGCAUGCUGUUUCCUGGCAGUGGUUUGAGCUGGGAGCCCCUCUCCCGUGCCGUGGAGCAGGUCCACCUGCGCUGCACCGAGGGCUCCCUGGAGUGGCUGUACCCAGCACGAGCCCUGCGCGUGGUCCUGGAGCCCAACGUGGCCAGUGCCCGGCACACCACGGUCUGCAUCAAACCCGCCAGCGACUUCCAGGGCGCCAGCAUCUACGUGGAACGUGCUGGGCAGCUGCACCUGGUGGUAAGCGAGGCAGAGGGGGCUCGGCCCCGCCACGUGUCCUGCUUCAGUGCCUACACCCCACAACGAGUGGCCCUGUUCCUGCAGGCCAGCCCACAGAGGGACAUCAGCCGCCGCACCGCCAGCUUCCAGUACGAGCUGCUGAGCAACCUGAGCACGGCCGGCCCCGACUUCAAAAAGAUGGCCCUGGUUGAAGCUAUGUGCCGUCCUUGUGACAACAUGGAACUCCUUAUGGCCAUUUGCAGCAGUGAUUUUGUGGUGAAAGGAUCCAUCCAAGGUGUCUCCCACGACUCGGAGAACCACAUGUCCCAGGUUGAUGUCAGAGUACAGAAGGUCUACAGGCAGAAAAACCGGAUUUUCCAGCAGGAGGAAGGGAGUGGGGAGUGGCGAGGCCCCAUCCAAACCCUUCUUCAGUGCAAGGUGAAGAAGGGCGGGGGGGAUUUCCUCUUCACUGGGAAUGAACACUUUGGGGAAGCCUGGCUGGGCUGUGCCCCUCGGUUUAAGGAUUUCAUGUUGGUUUACCAGGCUGCCAGAGAAAGGGGAGCCAACCCCUGUGAGUUUGAGCUCAACUGACAUGAGAGACACUGUUGCUGAGAGUUGAAAAAUUUCAGCCCGAUCUUUGGAUACUGAAUCUGGAGCAGAGUUAAAACCAAGGACUAAAGUUAACAAUUCCACCCAAACUCGGACCUGGAGAAUUUCCUGAAGAUAAUGGCUCUGUGAGCCCUGUGAACUGACUUUUAACUCACAUUAAUUUCUCUUUCAUCAUAUUUUCUUUGCCUCACAAAAUAACUCUGGAUUUUGGAAAGACAGUCUUUUGGGGAAGGUUAGAAAGCAGCCUAUGCUCAGUACUAGAAAAGUCUCUCUAACAUCUCUUGCUCUGUGUAAAUGUUAUGUGUUUUUUCUCUAGAUAUUUUUCUCCCCUCCCCAGUCUCUGCUUGAUUUCUCUUCCUUUAAAAGCAAAUGUGAAAAUUCUCUCUAACCUGUGAGGAAAAAACUACCUCUAAAGCAAAAAAAGCCCUUUCUUCACCAAGAAUUACUUGAUUUUUAAAAUGGAAUGUAGAUGCUGUAAAAAGUACAUGCUCUUUUCUGACAUUGGAAAAACAUUAAGGAGUUUAAGACAAGCACAAACAAAAUGCAACUAAGUCACCUCCUUAAAGUUCUGUUGAACUAAUUUAGGAUCAAGAAUUGCUCACUAUGGUAUUUUCACCUAAAUUAUCUGCCUCUUUUUAAUUAGCUUUUAUUAUUUGAUUGGUGGCUCCUCCCACCCUCCCUUAGUGCUUUAGCAAGACUCACACAAUUGCCUGUGUUUUAUGUAAAUGAAAUUGCUACACAGUAAAAUGAUAUACAAAUGUGGCUACCACACAGAACCCAAUAAAUGGUGUGAAUAAACCCAUUAUUUCCCAUGUAAUGGCAUCUGAUUGCAGCCUGGGCAACACGGGGCUGACAGAUGUGAGCCCGUGACAGGGCCUGGAGAAAACUGAAUGAGAACUCUGACAGGCCACAAUUAAUUGACUUUUGGAAUGACUCCUCUUUUCCACAGUUCUACUUGGCUGAGCAAGAUUCACAAAUUGCUGUCUUGAACUUUUUUAUGGGACAAAAUAGCUGCCAAUGAAAGUUUAAAUGACAUGAGCUUUGAAUAGAAGUCAUACAAUGGCCACACUGUGCCACGUUUUUAACUGACAUUGAUAUUUGAGAAGUAGCAGCCACUUAAUUGGGAGGGAAUCAGAGGACUGGGUACAGAAAUAGAGUCUGUUAAAUACUAACCAACACAAUUUUACUAAAAUACAGAAUGUAUUGAUAAACAUUUUUACAUAUAUUCACAGAGAGUAUGAUUUGAAGUCUAAGUCAGUUGUUCUUUUUGCUGUGAAAAAGUAUUCACAGAGCUAAAUCAAGAGGAAAUGCCAUAAGCAAGGAAGAAAACAGACCUUGUAUGAAUAUGAUCAUGCAGACUUCCCUGGGGCCUCAGUACCUGCUCAGGCCUCUGGCUGUAGUCACAGUCAAGCUUACACAGGCUUAAAAUACCUCUUUGUCUGUCUUUGGAAACUGAGGCAAAGCUCUGGCAGGCCUAAUUGACCUCCUAAUCCCAGAAACAGCAUGGGACAAGUAGUGAAGAUGAGGAUUUUCCCCCCCCUUGGUUUUUGCAGUACCUGUCACACUGCUCAAGCAGCACUGUGCGAGUCUGCAAACUCUUCUGAGAUUUCCUUCCCCAAAACCUUCCUCAGCCCAACUCACCUGAAGAACUUUAGAUGGAAAUGUUUAACUUGUUCCAUGGAUGCUUUGUUUGGGCUGAUUUUUAAAUCUGUUGAGGCACCAGAGCAGCUCCUCGCUGAAUUGUUUUCCACUGGCCACAUAAGGAGGCAGCAGCUUGCAAUUUUACUGGGUGGUAUCAGUAAUCAUCACCUAUUGCUGCUUCCAGGUGUAACUUAGGCUGGCAGAUGCUGGCAGAUCACCUAAGGCUUUUUAGAGCAAUCCCACACUGUGUCUCUAAUUGUCCAUCUUCCUCCAGCUGAUAACCAUGGUUGUGCUUACCCUAAAAGGUCUCCAGUUUUGUUUCCUGGGAAGGAUGAUCUCAUCCCCAGUGAGGAGUCAGCAUUACUGAUAAUGGGUGUGUGGCUCAGGGGAAGGAGGCAGUUA